AUGGCGACGCAGCUGAGGAACUGCGUCGUUCGGUGCGGCGCCUCCGGGUUCGCGGUGGAUUACUGGGGGCACAAGGACUUCAUCGGUGCGCGCGGGGACGACGAGCGCCCUCCGCGUCGGGUCCAGCAGAUAAAUCUGGGCACCCGAGAGAAUUUUGAUCUCAUCCAUCGCGCGUACUUCCUCACGCACGCGCACUCGGACCACCUCGUCGGCUUGAACGGCGAGUGGGAGUCGCGCGGCGGCGCGAUAUACUGUUCCCCGGUCACGCGCGCGCUGCUGUUUCGAAAGCAUCCCGCCCUCGAGACGCGCGCCGACGUCGUCGUCGUCGCGUUGUCGCUCGGGCGCCCGCACGUGAUAACGCUCCAGGGCGGGGAGUUACUCACCGUGACGCCACUAGACGCCGGGCACUGCCCCGGGUCCGUGGGGUUCCUGUUCGAGGGCGCGUGCGGGAGGAUAUAUCACACCGGAGACUUCCGACGAGAGGACUGGUGCGGCCGCGGCGGCGCCGCCGCCGCCGCCGCCUCCGCCAUCCCCGAAUGCCUGACGCGCGCGCCGCUGGACCUCCUCCUCCUCGACAACACGUACGCGAACCCGACGUACGACUUCCCCGCGCGGAGCGACGCGGCCGAGGAGGUUCUCGCGAUCGUCUCGGAGGCGACCGCGCGCGGCUGCGACGUCUACGUGGGGAUCGACUCGCUCGGGAAAGAGGCGCUGUUGACCGCCGUGGCGACGGCGACGGGCGCGGCGGUGAGGGUCACGCCCGAGCGCGCGGCGGCCGCGGCGGUCGCUGCGGCCGCGGCAGAGGACGAGGAAGAGGACGACGACGGAUGGGGGUUCGGCGACGGCGACGGCGGCGACGGCGACGGCGACGUCCGCGCGCGGCGGCGGUGGCGGCACUCGAGCGUCGACGCGGGGAGCCUCACGUCCAAGUGCACCGCGUCAGGCAGGGUGUUCGCGGUGCCGAAGCAGCAGGUCACGCGCGCGAAACUCGCGCACUUGCAGCGGCACUCGGCGUCGCCGAUCGUGGGGGUGCUUCCGACGGGGUGGGCCGCCGCGCCGUGGGCGUCCGCGGGCGGCGGCGGCGGCGGCGGCGGCGGCGGCGGCGGCGGCGGCGGCGGCGGCGGCGGCGGGACUGGGGGCGACGUCGACGACGACGGGCCGGCGUUGCGCUCCGUGCCGUACUCGCUGCACGCGCCGUUCGCGGAGCUCGAGGCGUUCGUGAAGGCGUUGCGACCGAUCGCGGUCGUCGGGAACACGCGGCCGCCGCGGGACCCGGACGCGCCGUGCAUAGACGUCGGCGCGCACUUCGCGCGGUGGUGCCGCGGCGGCGGCGGCGGCGGCGGCGGCGAGGGCGGCGAGGGCGCGCGGGUCGCGGCGCCCCGCGACGUCGCGGCGGCGUCCGCGGCGGCGGUCGCCGCGGCGAGGCUCGCGACGGCUCAGCCGCGCGUCCUCGGCGGCGCCGGGCACGCGAUCCUCCGCGCGUUCGACCACCGAAACGCGGCGAACGACGACGACGACGCGCGCGCGCUCGGUCCCAGCCCCGGCGGCGGCGGAAAAGGGCUCUCGCUCUCGCGCGCGGUGAACGGGUACGAACGGCCGGCGGCGAGCGCGUGGGAGCGCGACAACGUCGGCGGGGAUACCGCGUCGGAGCCGGACGACGACGACGACGACGACGACGACGCGCCGCCGGGAGACGCGUCCGAGGACGAGCUCGACGCGCUCGCCGCGGCGUUCGCGGUGGACGUGUUGAAGAUGGCGCGACGCGACGGACGCGGACGAGGGAAGCGCGCGCGCGACGCCGCGGACGACGCGUGGGAGAGGCUCGGUCAGGCCGCGUCGUCGCCGUCGUCGCUCCCCGCGACGGGGAAGCAGAGGUGGCAGAACGCGUGA